GUUCAUAAGAACAGGAUGAGCACCUUAAUUUGGAGAAAUAUGCACCGUAACUCCCACAGUGAUGGCAGUGAUAUAUCUACUGAUGAAGAGCCUCUCUUUCAGCAAAGCUCCAAUGAAGAAAGCAGAAUAAAUGUAAUAAGGAACAUCAACACAUUUGCUAGAACAAAGACCAUUGCUCAGGGCUUUCUAGAUAUAGCUCUAUUUACUGCAAAUGCAUCACAGAUGAAGCAUCUCCUGCAACAAGGCCCGGAACUACAGUUUUACUAUUUCCUAUUUGUUCUAUUGUGCAUCUCUAUCAUACUUCAGUUGAUUGUUGCAGCCCUGUUAAUUUAUAAAGGAUCAAAGAACAUAGAAUGUGAUGAUCCUGAGCGAAAGCUCAGUGACAGAGUACAUCUACUGAAUAAUAUUGUGACCGGUUUGAUCCUGGUGAUCACAGCUGUCAAUAUUUUCAUCACUUCAUUCUGGUUCAGUCCUUCCCAGUCCAAGCUGGAGGAGCAACGCCUCGGUCAAGUUGUUACCUGCACCAACUGUUGA